GCCUGACUGGCUCCCUGAAGCCUCCGGGGCGGCUUCGCCAGAACGCACUUCCGCGGCAGCGGAGGGAGACCAGGAGACGCUGCUCCGAGUGGGCGAUCGGGAUGCCCGGGCCGUGAGGAAUCGGUAGGUGUGGUCAGGAACGCUCCCAUUUCGGAGUAUUUUGCAAGUAGUUGAAGGUGUUGCAUGAAACGGCGAAGUGGCGGCGAGUCGGCAUUUUAAAUGUUGCCCACACGGGUGGAUGUGGAAAGUGGCUGAGGAGGUCCAGAUUAUCUCUGCUUUGUGUGCAGAUGUGCUCCUGUUUCGUCUGAGCUCGCUAAGCUGAUUUCGAAGGAUCAGGAAUCAGUGGCAUAGGACAGGCUGUUUGGAGAAACACUGAUUAUUUUGAAAUUACGAAACACACUGCCCAAGCCCUCCUGCCAUGGGCUGCCGAGAUGUCCAUGCAGCCACGGUCCUCUCCUUCCUGUGCGGCAUUGCCUCUGUAGCAGGCCUCUUCGCGGGGACUCUGCUUCCCAACUGGAGGAAGCUGCGACUCAUCACAUUCAACAGAAAUGAGAAGAACCUGACGAUCUACACGGGCCUGUGGGUGAAGUGCGCCCGGUAUGACGGAAGCAGUGACUGCCUGAUGUACGACCGCACUUGGUACCUGUCGGUCGACCAGCUGGACCUGCGCGUCCUCCAGUUCGCCCUGCCCCUCAGCAUCCUGAUCGCAAUGGGUGCCUUGCUGCUCUGCCUGAUUGGGAUGUGCAACACGGCCUUCAAGUCUUCGGUGCCUAACAUCAAACUGGCCAAGUGUCUGGUCAAUAGUGCAGGCUGCCACCUGGUGGCUGGACUCCUGUUUUUCCUGGCAGGUACCGUGAGCCUCUCUCCAUCCAUCUGGGCCAUCUUCUAUAACAGCCAUCUCAACAAGAAGUUCGAGCCGGUCUUUACCUUUGACUAUGCAGUGUUUGUCACGAUCGCUAGCUCAGGGGGUCUGUUCAUGACUGCUCUUCUGCUGUUUGUUUGGUACUGUGCAUGCAAGUCUUUGUCCUCUCCUUUCUGGCAGCCACUGUACUCCCAUCCUCCUGGGAUGCACACUUACUCACAGCCCUAUUCAUCACGGUCCCGCCUCUCUGCCAUUGAAAUUGACAUUCCGGUAGUUUCACAUAGCACUUAACAGUUAUAAUUAACUGCUCAAAGUGUGUCUGGUAGCCUCACAGCCCCCUGCAUAACGAGCCUUUUUGGACCUGUGUACAUUUUUCCUUUGUUCCUUACCCAUCAGUGGAGCCGCAUUUGUAUAUCUUGGUAGAAAGGAAGGCUGCUAGACUUUAUGAGGUACAUGGUUCAUUCUUCUAAAUGUGAAACAUUCCUUUUAUCUUGCUUCUAAGACCAAGGGUCUUUGGCCUCCUUGUUGAUGUCUGUGAUCAGUCACUUAGGUGAGAGGGCCUGUGAUAACGACUGAGGCAAUGAAGACGGCAUACUGAGCAAUGCUGUUUGAUCCUUACCGAUAUUUCAGAUUGUGCAUCGUCUCCGAUGACUUAAAAGUGAAAGGGGCAGUUUCAGAUUUCAGGAGUCUCGGUCAGAUACGGCUAGUGCUUGUCUUCACACUCUACCAGCCUGAAGGUAUAAUUUCGUUCUCUCUUGGGACUAAUCGAGUAGGGCAUCUGUAUACUGAAGAUUAGUAUCUUCUACCUCAUUUCAGUGAAAAGCAGAACGUGGCUUAAAUGAUGACAGAGUAAGGCUAACAUUUAAACACAGUUAACGUUUGACUUCUUUGUUGGUUUCACGUAGGGUCUUGCUGUGUAGCCCUGGCUGGCCUAGAACUCACUCUGUAGACCAGUCUGGACUCACACGUGACCGUUCUCCAGCUUGCCUCCUGAGCACUAACUACCGGCAUGCCCCACUCUUGUGUAACACCCCGUAAGUUUUAGUUACUGAUUAUAUCGCCGGAGUUAAAAGGCUGUCAGGAGACAGCAUGUCGCUUCAUUCAAAGCAAGAAUCCCUUUCCAGAUACCCUUCCUUCAGGUAGUGCUCAUGCCCUGGGCAAGCUCUUAGUGCCUAAGACAAAUGAAUAAAAGGUUGUUGAAGCCAAAUGGUUGUCUUUUAGACACAAAUGCUAGGGCACAGGAGGCUGUCGGUCAGUGUCAGCGCCAAAGAUUCAUUUGGUGGCUCCUAUUUGAGUUGUGGCUUUGCUCUGUUCAGUUUCUGCUUCUAACACUGCUUCACACUUGAGCAAGUGCUUUAGAGGAUACACAAACAGGAGAAGUAGCCAUGUAGGAGUUUUGCUCUAACACACCUGAUAACCAGUGGGAAGUCUGACUUUACGGUAGCUGGUAAACUUCAGGCAUUGACUGAGGAAUGUGUUUCACCUGAAACAUGUCUUUCUGACACAGCCAACCUACGUACACCACCAGCGGUAGCCUGGACUCUGGGAAUUCACUUUAGUAUGUCUCCUCCCGUAGCUCACAAGCUGUAAUAACGGCCUCAGAUCAUGAGAAUGGGCGAGAUAGGAGAGAGAUUAAAUUAUACCUGUUCUACCUCUGAAACUAAGAUGAGAUAUUAAAGAGGGAUAAGUUUUAAAAAUAUCUCUUCCGAUGUGACGUCAAAUGGAUAAAACCAUUUAGUACUAACCUCCCACUUUGACAUUGAGAGAUGUUGGGUCUUAACUAUUAGGAAUUUGAGCUGGUCACUAAUUGGUAUGAUGUCCACUUACUAGCGUUGUGUUUUGUAAGGAUUGUGGAAUAUUACAGUCAAGAGUUUUUUACAAGCAGCUGAUUUUACGGUAACAGUCUAUGAUGCCACCUUUCCAAAUCUGAGUAUUUCUGUAGAAUAUGUAGUACUUUUCCCUAAGUCCAACACUACUACUUUAUGUAGGCAAGUAAAUCCAAUUGUAUAAUUUUUAAAAACCGUCAGUACAAAGCAUGCAUUUCUAUGUGUUUUUUGUUUAAAUUAUGGCUUCUAGUCUUUUCCACCUCCGCCUUUUCUCAUUCAUAAGUAAAGCUGAGUGUUGGUCCUGUUGAAGUUUUGAGAUUAAUACUAGUUUUCUUCCCUUUUAUUAACUAAUCUUAGUUCUUCUCUCACUAAACUGUUUUCAGAAAGAUUAAAAAUCCCGCCAUGCCUUGGCGUUAGUAUAAAGAGAUAAAAGCAGGGCCAGGUGUAGUGGCUUUUGACUUUACCACCAGCACUGAGGAGGCCGAGACAGGUGCAUCUCUGGAAAUUCCGGUCUCCAUGGCAAGUUCCAAGCCAGUCAGAGCCACACAGAAAGACCCUGUCUUAAAAACAAAAUUAGGGAAAGAAAAAAAAAAGUGGACUCAGCCAUGAGGACACUAGACAGUUUUCAGCUCACAGGAUUGUAACUACAGGCAUUAAGCUUUCUUAUGAGAAUUUUUUGGCAUUACCAUCCAUAGCCUCCAAUUACUGCUUAUUACAAAUUCGCUCAGGAAGAGAAACAGCUGUUUCAGUAUUAUCUUUUUAGUGUUCCAGAUUGGGCAUAAAUAGUGCUUUUUAGAGCCAUCAAAGGAAAGCAUGUAUUUACAAUCCUUCUGAGUCACUGCCGGGGCUGUUCUUCAGAUGGGGUGGGUAACGUCUUUUGUUGCUAAAAAGCUGUUGGUUUUGAAGGCCUUCCAUGGAGCCAGUGUGUCAGACAACCUUGAAUGUGAGAUGGCGCAGCAAGUCUGUGUCACCCACCUUUGGGAGAAGAGUAAGCCUAAGAUCCCAAGUUCACUCUGCGUGUACAUACGCCCUGUGAUGGAUAGCGUGUGCUGUAAACCACAAGGUAGAGACCUCAGUGGGUGUGCUGUGCUGCUGCCUCACGUUUAUUAAAAGAUGUAUUUUUACAA